AUGUAUAACGUGUUAGUGGAUACUAGAAGGUGGUUUUAUAUACGGUCGGCUCGAGGUGGACUACAUUUAGUGGCCGAUGGGCAUAUUUUCUACGAGGACGGCGGAUCCCAUCCUAGACGCGUCACGUGGCGAUGUGCAAGGUCCUACCAGAAGGCUGAGAGGUGUCAGGUAGCGUUGUGCUUAAGGGAUGGUAGGCUGGUUUAUUUUAGGGGGUCCCACAAUCAUCCAGCCACCUAUAAUCCCCUUAAACACGAGUCUAGGAAGUUCGAAGUUGACCCCAUGGGGAAAUAUAAGAUUGUCGAGAGUUGCGCCCCCCGAACGUUGGUCGCAACGCCCCCGGUACCUAUUCCUAGCGCGCCCCACGCGGCUCUGUUCCUAUAG